CCCCUUCCCAGCGCCCUUUGCGCGGCGGUGACAGGUGGGGCUUGCCUGUGUGUGCUUAGAGAAGCCAAGAUGGCGGACUUUGAGGAUCGGGUGACGGAUGAGGAGAAGGUGCGUAUAGCUGCAAAAUUCAUCACCCAUGCACCACCUGGGGAAUUCAAUGAAGUAUUUAAUGAUGUACGGUUGCUGCUUAACAAUGACAAUCUUCUUAGAGAAGGGGCAGCUCAUGCAUUUGCCCAGUAUAACAUGGAUCAGUUUACACCCGUGAAGAUAGAUGGUUAUGAUGAUCAGGUCUUAAUCACAGAACAUGGCGAUCUUGGUAAUGGCCGAUUUUUAGAUCCAAGGAACAAGCUUUCCUUUAAGUUUGAUCAUUUAAGGAAAGAAGGAAGUGAUCCCCAGCCAGAGGACACAGAGGCAGCGCUGAAAUCCUGGAGGGAUGCCUGCGACAAUGCAUUAAGGACAUAUGUGAAAGAUCAUUAUCCACAUGGAUUUUGUACUGUUUACAGUAGAAUUGUAGAUGGGCAACCAACAGUCAUUGCAUGCAUUGAGAGUCACCAGUUUCAGCCCAAAAACUUCUGGAAUGGGCGAUGGAGGUCAGAAUGGAAAUUUACCAUCACACCACCCACAGCUCAGGUAGUUGCAGUGCUCAAAAUCCAGGUGCAUUACUAUGAGGAUGGUAAUGUACAACUGGUUAGUCACAAAGAUAUACAGGAUUCUGUAACUGUUUCGAAUGAUGUCCAAACAGCCAAGGAGUUUAUUAAAAUAAUUGAAAAUGCAGAAAAUGAUUAUCAGACAGCAAUCAGUGAAAACUAUCAGACUAUGUCAGACACCACAUUCAAAGCCUUACGCCGCCAGCUGCCCGUCACCCGCACUAAGAUUGACUGGAACAAAAUCCUCAGCUACAAGAUUGGCAAAGAAAUGCAGAAUGCAUAAAGCCAGAGCAGUCCUGCCGUAGGAAAUGUUAGCAUGCAACAAACACAAAGCAAAUUUGGUCCUUUGCCAAGCAAGUGGGUUCUCUGACAUGUUGACGCUUGUCUAGGGUUUUCAGAGUUAACAGGUUUUCUAGCCUUCUAGAAGACUGUCAACUCAUACCACUGUCUUGUUUUGUGUGCCCCUGCUAUGUAAACCUCCUACACGAAAUGUAACAAGGCAUCUCCUCGUAGGCUUUUUGCAUUUGGCCACUUUGGGAUCAGUGCUGUCUGUCCUCAGUUACAGGUUAGAAGCCUUCUUAUUUGUGACUGUCUUUCUAAGAAAUGCAGACGGGUAGUAUUGGGAUACCAUUCCAGUACUUCUGGCAGCACUCCAGAUACUAUACAUCAGUUUAAUGGGCCUUCUGGCAGUUUCCAUGGUGUCACACUGCACCAGACAUAACUUGUCCUCCUUUCUCUCCCACAACUGCCAAUCACCCACCACCCCAGUAUCUUUUUAGGCGUCGCUUUUUAUGUUUGCAAGGUGUUUACAAGAAUCUUCCCAGAAAUCCCAAGAAGGCCAGGUCCUCUGGAAAGGUGAUUUUUUUGAGAGGUUUUUUUUUGUUUUUUAAAAUAUCCAAAGACUUGAGCCACAUUUUCUUCACCUGAACUGUUUUUCUCUUCUGACUUUUCCUGGAAUUACGGUUAAUACGGGCACCUGCAUUUUUACAGGAUGGGUGUUCUGAUUUUUUCUUUUUUAAAUACUUGUCUGAUUGCAGCCGAAAUAGUCUUUCAGUAAUGAAAUUACAAAAAAUCAAAAGCUGUACAUGUUUAAUGGACAUUUUUGGUUUAUUGUGCUUUAAUGCUUUGUGGCAGGUUGAUGGCAUUUGUACCAGAGAUGUAUAAAUGGAUACAUCAAAGUGGUCAAUAAAAGAUUUCCACCAAAA